AGUCUAGGUACUUUACAUACUUCCUACCAUUUCAAUUUUUCAUCAUACCAAGAUUCUUCGGGCAUCACUUUGUUGAUUGGAUCUUACGUUUAUAACUCAUAUCCCUAUACAUACCUACAUUCAACAUGGCGACUGCCAACAAUAGCCGCGGCCUCUUGAGGGCGUUACAGCAGGGCUCGAGUGUAUCUUCAAGAGUCUGCUCAAGAUGUCUACCAGCUCUUCGAUCACCGAGAAAUGCGAGGAUGUUGAGCACGACAAACACCAGGAUGGCAACGUUGGCCUCUUUUAAGAUACCAAAAGUCUCCAAUGAGCCUAACCACCACUAUGCAAAGGGCUCGGCGCAAAGAGAAGCCCUCCUUGCUACAGUCAAGAAACAGCAACAGAAGGGCACAGUAGAAAUCCCGCUAGUAAUAGGAGGAAAGGAGGUUAAAACUGCACAUAAAUCCACGCAGUACAACCCGGCCGAUCAUGCUACUGCGAUAGCAAACUACUCUCUGGCUGGCCCCUCCGAAGUCAAGCAAGCCAUCAGCGCUGCGCUGGCAGCGAAGCCAGAAUGGGAGGCGCUUCCUUUCGCCGACAGAGCAGCCGUCUUCUUGAAGGCAGCAGAUCUGAUUUCUACCAAAUAUCGAUACGAGAUCAUGGCUACAACCAUGCUCGGCCAAGGCAAGAACGCAUGGCAAGCCGAGAUUGACGCCGCCGCCGAGCUGUGUGACUUUCUCCGCUUCAGCGUUCAGUACGCCGAAGAGCUAUACGCUCAACAGCCCGCCCACAACUCCCCCGGCGUAUGGAACCGCACUGAAUACCGACCUCUCGAGGGUUUCGUGUACGCCGUCAGCCCCUUUAACUUCACUGCCAUCGGUGGUAACCUAGCGGCAUUGCCUGCACUCCUAGGCAAUGUCGUAGUAUGGAAGCCAUCCGACUCCGCCGUUGCCGUAGGCCAUCUGCUUCACAAGAUCCUGCUCGAGUCGGGUCUACCGGAGAACGUGAUUCAGUUUGUACCUGGUAACCCCGAAGAGGUGACCAAGACGGUGCUGGCGGACAAGCAGUUCGCCGCGCUGCAUUAUACCGGCAGCACCGCUGUGUUCCGUAAGCUGUUUGGACAGAUUGGACAAGGCAUCGCCGAGGGUAGAUACCGAGGAUACCCGCGCAUUGUUGGCGAGACGGGCGGCAAGAACUUCCACAUUGUGCACCCAUCUGCUGAUGUUCAAAACGCCGUCGUCCACACGGUCCGCGGUGCGUUCGAGUACUCGGGCCAGAAGUGCAGCGCCACCAGUCGCGUGUACGUGGCCAAGUCCAUCUGGCCAGAGUUCAAGGAGCGUCUCGUCAGCGAGACCAACAAGCUCAAGGUCGGCUCUCCCUGGGAACCCGAGACCUUCAUCGGCCCCGUAAUCCACGAGCCCAGCUUCAAGAAGCUGUCGGGCGUCAUCGACAGCGCCAAGAACGACUCGGAGCUUGAGCUCCUCGCCGGCGGCAAGUACGACAGCUCCAAGGGCUACUUCAUCCACCCGACCGUCUACCAGGCGCUCACCCCGACGCACAAGCUGCUCUCGACGGAGCUAUUCGGCCCGAUCCUAACGGUAUACGUGUACGACGACGCAGCGGGCGACAGCGCGUUCCUCGACACGUGCAAGCUCGUCGACGAGACGAGCGAGUACGGGCUCACGGGCUCCGUCUUCGCCAGCGACCGCACGGCCAUCCGCAAAGCCGAGGACGCCCUCCGUAAUGCGGCGGGUAACUUCUACGUCAACUGCAAGAGCACCGGCGCCGUGGUGGGCCAGCAGCCGUUUGGCGGCGCGAGGGCCAGCGGGACAAAUGAUAAGGCGGGGAGCGUCAAUAUUGUUAGUAGAUUCGUUAGUCUGAGGAGUAUCAAGGAGGAGUUCUUGGCGAGUGAGGAGGUGGGGUAUCCUAGUAAUGAGAUUUAAGGGAGAGGGGAAGAUGGGAGAUGGGAGAUGGGGGGGAGGGGAAUGAAAAGUAGGUACUUUAUUGUACGGACCGGAAAAGUUUAGGCAGGCAUUUCACACAUGCUGGAUGACAUGCCUCGUGUUGAACAUUAGACUGACCUAUAUGAUUUGAGGCAAAGUGUGCUUGGCUAAGUACUGAAGAUCAUGUGCGGAUACAGGCACUAGGUAUAUAUUUAUUGUGGUAUAUGAAUUGAGACUUUACGAUUGAGACGAAGUUACGCUAUGGAUUA